UAAUAGCUAACACUAGUGGAAACGUAGAUGUUGAAGAAUAGGAAAUGGGAAUGAUUAGAUAUUUACUGCUAUAUUACUUUGAUAAAUUCAUCCUUUUACUAUAAGAGUGUAGUCAUCUAGCAGCAUUAGCUCGCUUUCAUUUUGAAACAAAGCUGACAAGCUAACGAGCUUAGCUUCAGUUAAUUGUAAAAGUAUGAACUCUCUGGUUGGUUACGGAGUGUCCUCUGAAUCUGACAGCGAUGGAGAUGUAAACACCGGUGGGAAUGGUUCUGUCAAGGAGGUGGGCGAUGAGGCGACAGCUGUCAAAAAGACCCGCAAUUUCUUGCUGGAGUCUGGUUCAGCUUCCAGUGAUUCAGAACCAGAGGAAGAGGACCCAGAGCCCUCUUCAUCACCACCACACCCCCUGGCACCAGCAUCAUCUGCAGCCUGUCAGCCCACACUGCCUGCACCUUCCCUGGGUUCACUCACCCCUAAUAAACUGCCUCCUCCUCCUCUAAAUGCCUGCUCUGACAGCAGUGUGUUUGCCAACCCUUUCAAGGCUCAAGCUGACCAGAAGCUCAGCGCCUUACAGAAACAUGUCCCCUUAACAAUGCAGGCUAAACCCACCCAGAUAGGAGGUAAAAGGGUGUGUGUGUCAUACAGGAAGGACGGAAGGUGCAGGUUUGGGAUCAAAUGCAAGUUUGCUCAUGACAGUGACCUCCAGACCCCAGUCACUCCCACUGACUGUCAUCCACCUGUAAGUGAUGAGGCUGCACCAGCUUCAGAACACGUUGAGCCCCAUGCAGGUGGCUCCUGUGGUGCAGGAUCCCAGAACAUCUCAGAGGAGGAAGAGUCAGGAGGGCAGCAAGUGAAGAAGAGGAGGGUUGGACUGAGUAACACCUUGAUUCCUCCUAAACGAGCUAUGAAGCAGUAUGCCAUGCAAAGGGACAGAGAGCGGAUUAAUAUGUCCUGAUGGAUGUUUCCUGAGCUGUAACACUGUGCUCUCAUAAAGCAAUAGUAUGUAGUGCAGGUGAAAUAUGUUCUCUGUAUCAGUCUGUAGAAAUUGUCUACUGUCCAUUGUAGGAUAAAUCAAUAACUCAGGCCUAUGGGUACAUUACUGCUGGCAGCAACUUACAUUUGUAUUCCUCACAUACACACAUCAAGAGCCAUUUGUGGUGUGGACAGGAGGAGCUGAGGACUGAACCACCAACCUUACCAGUAACGGCUGACCACGCCACCAAUUAAUCUGUAGCUGCCCGAACUGAAUGGAAAGAAAGAAUUCUGUGAUGCUUUGGGUUUUCCCCCCAGAAGGAUGUCCUCCAACUGUCAAUGAAAACACUUUGGAUAAAUGUUAAGACAUUUAUUUACAUCAUAUAAAUGAACAGUUUUUGUUUUUAGUGCUACCACACAUCCUAUUUCACAGAUCAGAGCGGUUUCCAAGGUAAAGAUUAUAGACAAGUUUUGAGUUUAACUGUCUAAAUCAUUGACUGGGCUUGCUGUUUUUUGAGGGUUUAUGUGGGAUUUAAAAUGUCCAAGGCCACCUUUUGCCUACCUACAUUGACCUAAGACUACAUUAUACGGGCUAUUAUUCCUUCAAAGUCAAUUAACAGCAAGGCUUAACAAACAGCUGCACAAAUAUCAUUGGAACAGGUUUAAUGACAUUGCCCAGAUCUCUAAAAUAUGCAUAUUUUGUGACUUUUUACAGGCCUGUGAAACACCUUUUUCCUCUCUAUACUUUCCCAGGUUUUUAAAUGUUUAAUCUUUAUUUGUGAAUUCAGAGUGUGCUUUGACCUCGAGUGAAUGUUUUUUAGUUGAUCUGGACAAUAAAUGAAAAACGACUGUC